AUAAAAAAGUAAUGAAUAGAAAAUUUGGCGAAAUAAACAGUUCAUAUAAAAGAAAUACUAAAUGUUUCUUCAAGAAUAAAGGGAAAAAAACGACCUCACUGAAACUCUCAUAAUGCAUCAUUUCAUCAACAAGACUGGCAGAAAUUCAGAAGUUAUAUGCUACAUCAUCUUGGAAAGUAUUUAAGAAAUGUAUGGAGUAAAAUGAGUCAGAGUAAUGUAGGAUCUGUAGGACAUCCCUCAAGAGAGUUGUCUUAGGAAAAGAAGAAUUUCUAGACUCUUCAUCAAGCUCUUCAUUUAUACAACUGUUAAAUCCAAAGAGACGGUGGUGAAAGCAUGAAUAAAAAUACAUCUCCUGCAGUAUCAUCCAGUCUACUUCAAAAGGAUCUUGCCUUUCAGAUGAUUACGUUUACCAAAGAAACGGGCCUUGGUCUGAAGAUCCUAGGAGGAAUUAACCGGAAGGAAGGGCCAUUGGUAUAUAUUCAGGAAAUCAUUCCUGGAGGAGAUUGUUAUAAGGAUGGACGUUUGAAGGCAGGAGAUCAGCUUGUCUCAGUAAACAAGGAAUCUAUGAUUGGUGUGUCAUUUGAAGAAGCAAAGAGCAUAAUUACCAGAGCCAAGUUGAGGUCCGAAUCUACUUGGGAGAUAGCAUUCAUAAGACAAAGAUCUGAUGGCAGCCAUCCAAAAAAUCUGUCCUGUACAUCCUUGUUACAAGCUUCAGAAUAUGGACCUAAGGCCGCAACAUGUAAUCUUCUUUCUUCUCCCUGGGAAGAAUUCAUUCCACAGACCUCAUCUACUCCCAAAACUCAAGAUGCCAUCCUACCUUCCUCUAAGAUGAGUCAGAUAAAAACUGGAUAUGAGAAAGCAGAAUAUAUUCCAAUUACUUCUUCAGACAACAGCUCUACAGAUAUGGCUAAUUCAGAUAUUGCUCCUGCUUGGACUGAUAAUUAUGGACCACAAGGAAAGAUUUCCCUAAAUCCUUCUGUUCGCCUUAAGGCAGAGAAACUGGAAAUGGCUCUAAAAUACCUUGGUAUUCAGCCCACAGAGGACCAGCACCAAGCCCUGAGACAGCAAGUACAAGCAGACUCAAAGGGGACAGUAUGUUUUGGAGAUUUUGUCGAGGUUGCCAGAAAUUUGUUUUGCUUGCAGUUGGAUGAAGUAAAUGUUGGUGCACAAGAAAUUUCCAAUAUAUUAGAUUCACAGCUUCUUCCCUGUGAUUCUUUAGAAGCAGAUGAAGUGGAGAAACUUAAGCGUGAAAGAAAUGAUGCCUUGGAAGAAGUGAAUAUACUUAAGGAAAAAUUACAUGAAUCAGAGCAACAAAGGAGACAGCUGAUGGAAGAGCUCCAGAAUGUGAAGCAAGAAGCCAAAGCUGUCGUUGAAGAAACAAGAGCUCUGCGAACUCGGAUUCAUCUUGCUGAAGCCGCACAGAGGCAGGCACACGGAAUGGAAAUGGACUACGAAGAAGUGAUCCGUCUGUUAGAGGGCGAGAUUUCAGAGCUGAAGGCUCAGCUUGCUGAUUAUUCUGACCAAAAUAAAGAAAGUGUUCAGGAUUUAAGAAAAAGAAUCACAGUACUUGACUGUCAAUUGCGGAAAUCAGAAAUGGCUCGAAAAACCUUUGAGGCAUCCACUGAAAAGCUUCUUCAUUUCGUAGAGACUAUUCAAGAAGUAUUUUCUGAUAAUUCUUCCGCUUUAUCAAAUUUCAGCGAAAGAAGAGCCAUGCUAGCUUCUCAGACUUCCCUCACACCACUGGGAAGAAACGGACGAAACAUCCCAGCAACCCUGGCACUGGAAUCUAAGGAGCUCAUUAAGUCUGUUCGUGCCGUACUUGAUAUGGAUUGCUUACCUUAUGGGUGGGAGGAAGCUUACACAGCAGAUGGAAUCAAGUACUUCAUCAAUUCUGGAGUCCAGAAGUCCAAAAUCAAGGUGUCAACAAGUCACGUAACACAGACUACGUCAUGGAUGCAUCCCGUGAUGAGUGUCCUGAGCCUGUCCUGCUCAGAGGAGAAUGAAGAGGAUUGCCCUAGAGAACUUUCUGACCCGAAGAGUUGAUGCCGGAAGCCGAGACACAAGACCACCAACCUUGAGACACAGCUGUCUCAAGCCGGAGGGAAGCGUGUACUACUUGUUGGAGGGUGAAAUAGAGACUGGAUUUAGGGUGUUUUGUAGAACUUUUUUAUAUUACUGUGUACAGUUAAAAGGUUAGCUGCCACUACAGUACUUCUUUAAGAAUAAUUUAGUCAUAUUUUUUGAAAUCACAUAUAGAUUUUAGAACAUGUAUACUUUUUUCAUAUAUAAUUAGAUAUUUGUAGUUUUAUGGCUAGCUUGUUAUUUUAUAUCAGAUAUGAUGGUUUUAUAAUUAAGAUUUAUAUUGAAACAUGAACAUAGUAAAACACUUCAUUUACUUGAAAAUUCACUACCCUUUUAUAUAUAUAUAUCCUAGGAAACUGAUCUUAGCAAGCUUUUUAGGGUAUAAGGAUUAUAUUUAGACAUCUAUCUCAUGGGUUACUGAAUACAAUUUACAUCUUUAUGAGAUUUUCUAAUUUACAAAAUGCUUUUCAGACCUUAUCUUAUUUAAACCACAUGACAUGCUUGUUAGGCUCAUGUAGUAGACAUUGUUUUGGGGAUUUGGUUAGGGAAAUAGCAAUGCAGAGAGUGAAAGCGUCCUGUAUCAGAGCUGAGACUCACACCCGUCCUCUCAUUCCAUACCCUGGCUCCUUCCCUGCACCCCACUGUCCCCCCAGAGGAACCCCACAGCCCAACACACAGGGCACCAUUGUUCUGUUGACGCAGCUGGCUCCACAGCUGUGCAUUCCACCGAGAUCCAGAGGCCCCUCAACGUCACACAGAGCCCCAGCAUAACCCAUUACUCUCUUCCUAUAACCCCUUCCCCUUUCCUCCCCAAAACUUACCAGGUAGGGCACUGCUUUUGAUGUCGUUCCAAUAGCUUUCUUCUAGCAGCUUGUAUUUCCCUAAAGGAGAGGAUGCCCUGAUCAGGAAUGUGUGAGGGGCAGUGAUGAAAAGAGGAGUGUCUUUAAAAAUAUUACUCUUCUGCUUAUAAUAAAAUGGAGACCAAGAUCUCAGGGCAAGCAUCCCCCAGGCACUGCUGUACAGACCCUGAGCUCCUAAGAACAUAGUGUAAGAACCAUCACUACUAAGCACUGAGGAAAUGAGUAAGCCAAGACGCUGAGAGCUCAUACAGUGAUUUGUUGGCUGGGGCAACGUUAACUAGACCUAGAUCCCAAGUCUCCUACUCACCUGAAUUUCCCAUGGCACACAAGAUAUAUAUGGUAAGUACCUGUAGAUACUGUAUUCAACCAUACCUCCCUGAGUGCAUUCAGGAUUUAUGAUUUCUGUCUUGAGAAAUAUUAUGAAGUCAGAUCACAAGCAGAAUGGCUGCUCCUCCAGAAUGUCUGGAGAAGACCUGUUCUUCUCCUGACACCAGCUUGGGUAUUAGGAAGUUUCAGGGAGACCAGUUUUGAGAGCAGCCCAGAGGGAGCUGUUGUGCUAUGGCCCCCCAGAGGUAAUGACUCUCAAACCCUGGAAUUAUGUUUGUACAUUCACAGUGUAAUUGUGGAAGUGCAACCUUUGUUGUUUCCAAAUUACUGAAAUUCCAUCCACUACCUGGAGCAUUUUCUGCCUUGCUUCCCUGGAGGAAACACAGAAGUUGUGCAAGUCACUGAACUCACAGCCCUGAAGCAUGCAGGCCACUAACACCUUAUAUCUCCACUGCUCUCUAUGCCACUUUUCUCCCUAUUUCUGUCAAAUGCCUAAAGGAAAAGGCCUAUAAAAGUCAUAAUGGUAUUUACUGAACCUUUUUCCCAUACACUGUGAUAGGCAGUUUGCAUAUAUUAUUUCAUUAUCUUCUUAAACCCACUACAUAAGGCAGAAACUGUAACUGUCCCCUUUUUGAAAAGAAACAGCUUGGGUUUAGAAAGUCCCGAGAGUCUUUCCCCAGUAGUCACACAGCACAUAGGUGUAGAAACUGGGAUUCAGGGCAAGUCUUUGAUUCCAGCCAGCACCCUUUCUUUAAACCACUGAGCAGAGCUACUUGGCUUUGGUCAGCUUUGUAGGGUAGCAGAUUCCAGUUCGGUGUCAUAGGAGCUUCCUAGUAGCUAGAACUCAUCAGAAAAGAAUCCCCCAGGAGAAAGUGGAAGCCCAACCCCUAUGGAUUUCAGUCCGUCUGAGCCCUUUGCAGGAAUGCUGCUGAUUUGCAUCACCUGAGUCAGCGGGACCAACUGAGUGCUCUCUGUGAUACCCUCUUCUGUAUGCACCUGUGAACCCAAGACCAACAGAUAAGUGCUUUAAGACCAACAGAUAAGUGCUUUAAGAGACAGAUGCUCAAAGAAUUUUACUGCACGGGCUCAGUAAGAAUCAUUUGCCAAUGCUAACAGAAGCCCCAAAUCUUUUUUGUGGGUUGAUAUUUAGGUAGCCAGUCUUUCUUUAACAUAAAUGAACCCUGGGAUGAAGUCAUCAUAAGCUCCUCUCCAUUGGCCCACUGACUCCAAUGUUGGUAGAAGAUGAGAACAUCAUUAUGUCCCUCCACCUCCCUUUCCUGGAGUGUCCAGGAUGAGCUGUUUUUACUCAUGCAUUCCAGCAGAAUAUUCCCUGAGCACCAACAGUAUGGCAUGGACUCACUAGGCAUUCUGGCAAAGUAGGGCAACAGUUAACCAAUUCCUGGCUCUACUUAACUGUUGAUUUAAACAAACAGACCUCUUAGGUAGCCAGAAUUAAACAAUUGCUUUUUAAAUUUUGAAAGUCAUCUAUUUUCACUUAAGAUCAAGUACUGUGUAAAGGAGUAAAUUAAAUAAAUAGUACAUCCCUCUUUCCAGAGAUUGCUGUCAAAACUUUGGUGAAUGUUUUUACUAAAAGAAAAGCAGCUUGCCUUUAACUGAGUAUAUUGUGAUCAACCUUUUAUGUCAUGCUGAUGUCAUAUUUUGAAUGAGUGCAUAAAAUAACUCAAUUUGUGCAAUCAACAGG